AUGUCACGUGCUUUUACUUCGGGCGAUGAUUCGAUCUCUAGUGAUUAUAUGGAGAGUGAAACAACGGAUUCAAACAAAACAGACGAAACACCAACUUUCGCCAAUAUUCCUCCGACAAAAGUGUUUUCUAAAGCAACAAAUAAUUUUUUUGAGACUUCUGGACCUAGACGGGCGCCUCCUCCUGAUGCCACACCCAUAACCUAUUUCAAUUUAUUUUUUACUAUGUCAUUGCUCGAAACCAUCGUAAAGGAAACGAAUCAAAAUGCUACCCAGUUUUUGGCUUCACAUGCAGCUUCUGCAAAUUCUCGAGCAAAAAAGUGGACACCGACAAUAGUACACGAAAUAAAAGCCUUUAUUGCAGUCUUAAUCGAAAUGGGGAUUACAAGAAGGCCAACAGUUUAUAGUUAUUGGAUAAAAAAUUCCCGAUAUAUACCAUGGUUUGGAAAAAUGUUUUCAAGGGAUAGAUUUCAGCUGAUUUUGAAGUUUUUUCACUUGGUUAACAAUAGGUUAUUAUUUGAACCAGGCCAUCCAAAUUAUGACUCAUGUGGCAGGUUUGAUGUGCUUGUCAAACACGCAAACACUGUAUUUCAGCGACAUUACAUACCAAACCAACAAUUGUCUAUCGAUGAGUUGUUAGUUGGUACUCACUGCCACUCUGCCAUAAAACAAUACAUUCCAAACAAGAAACAUCAUAAAUGGGGAAUCAAAUUUUGGGGGAUGCUUUGCGAUUCGGUUUCUAAAUAUUGCUUGGGCUUUUUCUGCUACAAAGGAGCUAAAAGCACAGACGACAGAGAUUCAGUAGAAAAAUAUGGUCUUGGAUUUGCAGUAGUGCAAAAAUUGCUUUCAAUUAAAAAUUAUCUAAACAAAGGUUACCAUUUGUUUACAGACAAUUUUUACACAAGCUUACGCCUGGCCAAAUCCCUUUUGAAACAGAAUACAUACCUAACUGGAACAAUAAGACGCAAUCGAAAAGAGAUUCCUCCAGAAGCUAAGAAAGCAACCGUAGAAGAAGCCAAAUACCUAGCACAUAAAGAUAUUUUGAUGUGUUCUUUCAGAGACAAAAAGUCCAAACCAAACCCAGUCAUAUUGAUCUCAUCCAAUGCAGAUACUGAGAAUGUGACGAUCAAGAAAAAGAAAGGGAAUUUUGAAUACAAAAAGGUGAAACCGAGCGUGAUUGAUGACUACAAUAAAUACAUGGGAGGUGUGGAUGAGUCGGACAAAAUGUUAUAUGUGUAUUUGGACGAGCAAAGAACCUUAAAAUAUUGGAAGAAAGUAGUAUUCAAUAUAUUUGGAAGAAUGGUGCUAAACUCUUAUAUUUUAUAUGUCUCAAACACUACUGAAAAACAAAUUACUCGGCUCCAAUUCACAUCGAAGAUUAUCGAAGAUAUCGAAAAGGAGUGGAUGAAUCAUAAAAAUAGCGUGUCAACACAACCAUCUUCAUCAACCAAAAGAUUUGCUCUGGAAAAAUUACCAGGACGUAGCUUACGCCAGUGCGUGGUUGACGUAACCUUGCGCAGUACGAUCGUGUCUACGGAAUCGCUUAAGACAUCCAAGACGUGUUUGCACGAAUUUCAUUACGAUUACAUGGCACCUCUGUACCAAGAAAAAUGUAAAAUUAUGUACACCGCCACAGACAGUCUCAUUUAUUUCAUUGAAUGCGAGAACGUGUACGAUAUCAUGAAACGUGACAUCGCUCGGUUUGAUACAAGUAAGUAUCCGGCUGAUAACGUGUAUGGUAUGCCACGCGUCAACAAAAAGGUUCCAGGAUUGAUGAAGAAUGAAAAUAAUUGA